UUCGGCUUGGCUUAUGGUUUGGUUAUAUAAUCAUGGGCCGUGCUUUCAAAUCGGCCAAGAAGUUAUUGCCCCUCAGUCGAUGGCAGUCACGACACUGCUGACCAACUAAAUCGGAUUGGGUUGCCUCACCCAAGCCUCACAGCCAGCCCAUCCAACCACCAACCCAUAAAGACCCAUGAAAGUGAAGAAAGGCAAGUGCAAGUCUUUGAUUGAAGAGCCCGCUCAAUUUCCCUAUAAAUAUUAAUAGCUUUGGACAAUGGAGAGACAUUGAACGUCGAGCCAACAGGUCGAGCACAUCGAUCGCGAGGCUAAUCCUCUUCAGAAACCAAAGACACUCCCUCUCCAAGCAAGAUGUGGCAACUGACCUGGGCCUGUGCCUUCGCUUUCCUCCUGGUGGGCAGUGGGGCUAAGCCCUCGCACCACUUCAACCACCACUUUGACCACUUUGGUGGACAUCAUCAUCUGAACCACCUGGAAUCCCUGCACGCUCUGCCGCACCACUUGGAUUAUGCGGUGCAGGAAGCGGUCCUUCCACCCCCAGCUCCUUUGCUGCCCGGUGUGGCCCCGGCUCCUGCUUUUGCUCCAGCACCACCACCGGUUUAUGGGCCUCCACCACUAGCAGCACUCCCUGCACCUGAACCGGCUCCUGUUUUUGCUGCAGCUCUUGGCCCUGCCUUUGCUCCAGCUCCUACGCCAGUUUUUGCUCCAGCUACUACUCCAGUUUUUGCUCCAGCUCCUGCUCCGGUCUAUGCUCCAGCUCCUACACCUGUCUUUGCUCCGGCACCUCCUGCUCUGGCCCCUGCCUUUGCUCCUCUUCCUGCUCCAGUUCCAGCACCACUUCUGCCCAGUCCUGCGCUCCUCCCAGCUCCUGCACCACUUCUCCCGGCUCCAGCACCACUUCUUCCAGCACCAGCCCCACUUUUGCCGGAGCUGCACCUGCCCACGGUAACCCACCAGGUGCUGCCACCAGUUCUGGAGGCCGUGCCCUUUGCACCCACCUACCGAGCCAUCCCAGGACCCAAAACCACCACCACCAAGGUCUCCGUCGGAUACCUUUUCCCGAAGGUGCUGGCCAAGCCCCACCUCCACCUGAAGGCGCUGCCCCUGAAGUUGAAAGCCCAUCACCACCCGCUGUUAGGAAUAUUCUAAGAUGGUCCAAGAACCUUACCAAAGAGUCAUCAAAGUCAUGUAGAAAAUGUAAAAUAAUCAAUAAUCAAAUAGAAACUAUUUAUCGAAUAAUUAUAGUAAAACGAAACAAAG